CGAGGAGCGCGUAAUAAGCAGCACAGUGUGCCAGUUUACGUUGUCUGUGUCAGUUUCAUUUUCAACUUUAGCUUCGACACUAAAUUUUACUGUUUUAUUGUGUUUAAUCUCAAUUACACGAUUAGAUUUCGUGACGAACUCAAGUGGAAACAACAGCAAAGACAAUAAGGAUGAAAUCCAUUUUAAUAACGGGUUGCAAUCGUGGGCUGGGAUUGGGUCUGGUGAAGGCGUUGAACGCAUUGCCGGAGCCGCCCCAGCAUCUUUUUACGACUUGUCGCAACUUGGAGCAGGCCACAGAAUUGCAGGAACUGGCCAAGAAGCAUUCGAACAUACACAUUCUUGAGAUUGAUCUGAAGAACUAUGGUGAAUACGAUAAACUGGUUGGCCAAAUUAGCGCUGUAACCAAAGAUGCCGGCCUUAAUGUGCUCUUCAACAAUGCCGGCAUGGCGCCUAAGUCAGUGCGCCUUGCAGCCACCCGAGAGCAGGAUCUGAUCAGUACGCUGCACACAAAUACCGUUGCUCCAAUAAUGUUGACCAGAGCCUGUCUGCCACUCCUCAAGCAGGCAUCGGUGACCAACGAGGCCGAGUUGAUGGGUGUCAGGCGUGCCGCCAUCAUCAAUAUGAGCUCCAUUCUCGGCUCCAUCGAGUCGAAUGUGGAGGGUGGCAUGUAUGCAUAUCGCACAUCGAAGGCGGCUCUGAAUGCGGCCACUAAAUCGAUGAGCAUCGACUUGAAGCCACAGAGCAUACUCUGUAUCAGCAUGCAUCCCGGCUGGGUGCGCACCGACAUGGGCGGCGGCAAUGCACCGCUGGAUGUGGACACGAGCACUAAACAGAUUGUGGACACCAUCUGUCAGCUGAACGAGUCGCACAAUGGCGGUUUCUAUCAAUACGAUGGCGCCCAGUUGCCCUGGUAAAAAUAUACCAAACAAAUAUGUAAUUGGAAAUUGACAUCUUUCAAAUGGGGAAUUGAUUUAAUUUGUUUCUGUUCUGUUCUGUUCGAAUCCCUUAUGCAAAUUCGUAGUCCGUAUAUAUCGACCAUUGUACAUAUGUGUGUAUAUAUAUAUAAAAAUACAUUUUGUUUUCGA